AUGUCCGAGGUGAAGGCUGGCCCUUCGAAGAUUCAGGAUGAUGAUUGUUCCAUUAUUAUUGUGGACUCAAGCAGUGAUGAAGAACCUGAUGCCUCGGUGGCUGCAGUGAACGAGAAGAAAGGGAACAUCAGCUACGUGGUGAUCGACUCAGACUCUGAUGAUGAAUACCUCCCUAAGAAAAAGAAAGCUAAGACUGGAACAAGUAGCAACGUGGAAAUUGUGGAAGUGUCUGAUACGGAGGAGCCGCCACGUCCGGAGCCUCCGAUAAUUGUCAUUGAUGAUGAUAGUAGCGAUCUGGAGGGUCCUGUGAUAAUAGAAGAUGAUUCAUGUGAUGAGGGCCAAAUUCCCUCAGAUGAGAAAAAGGGGGAUGAAUCUGCUCUCUCUCAAUGUGAAGCAUCUCCUGAUGCUGGUAAGCAGGAUCUUGUGGAAAAUCUCUGCCAACCAACCAAUACUGAUCCUAAGGCUAAGCUAGAGAGUGCAGAUGAAAAGCUGUCAACUGAUGAAGAGCCUGUACGUGUGGUGGGGCAACAAAUGAAAAGAAAAAGUAAAACCAAACAUAUACCUGUGACGCCUGCUGUUAAUGGAAGAAAGAAGCGUGGGCCUUCAAAGAAGAAACCCAGUGCAGCAAAAUUUGAAAAAUGCAAGCCUGGGAAUUCUGAAUGCAAAAUACCUGGAUGUUUCUUGCGUGACAUUGAGAACUCAGAGCAGUAUUCUGGAAAGAAUUUCAAGCAAAAUAAGGAUGAACUGAUUCAGAAAAUCUACGCUCUGUUUAACAGCUCUGUCUGUGAUAGAAAGCUGCCGGAGAAAAUUGACAUCGGCUGGAAUAAAAAGAUGCUGAGAACUGCUGGUUUAUGCACCACUGGCGAGAUUCGACACCCGAAGAGGGAGCGUUAUGCUAAGAUUCAGAUUUCUCUGAAAGUCUGCGACUCUGCAGACCGACUCCGGGAUACUUUGAUCCAUGAGAUAUGCCAUGCAGCUUCUUGGCUGCUCGAUGGCAUCCGUGAUUCUCACGGUGAUGCGUGGAAGUAUUAUGCCCGAAAAUCGAAUAUGGUGCACCCAGAGCUACCCAAGGUCACCCGUUGCCAUAACUAUGAGAUUAACUACAAGAUUCAUUAUGAGUGUACUCAGUGCAAAUUCAGGAUUGGCCGCUACAGCAAGUCAUUGAACACCGACCGCUUCACCUGUGCCAAGUGCGAGGGCUCUCUGGUUAUGCUGCCGUUGACUCGGAAAGAUGGAACCCCCAUUGAGCCCCAUGUGAGACCAUUUGCGAAGUAUGUGAAGGAGAAUUACGGAAUAGUCAAGAGGGAGACUGAAGGGAUAGGUCAUGGGGAUGUGAUGAGAAAGCUCGGCAAGGAUUUUAUUGCCCAAAAACAAAGACAGGUUAUCUGAGAAUGUAUUUGUGUGAAGUGAGUCAUCUAUUGGUAAGGAGUUUUAGAAAGAUAUCUUUGAUGCUGUGAAGUUAUGAAUAUUAGAAUUUAAAUCCCUUUUAAAAAGCUUCCUGUUCAUGAUUGUUCUCCCCCCCGAGUUCUAUUGCUAACCAUUUUGUGCUGAUACUCAAAAACCCUUUGGAUCUACCUUGGGUCUUACUUAGAUGCUGCAGUUUUAACAUGUAGGACAAGAUGCAACAGAGAAAUACAUUUUUGAGAGUGGCAGGUUGAGAGAAUGAGAGGCAUGCUGGAAAGAGAACAAGUUUUAAAGGCAGUACUUCAAAACCAGGCUGCUGUCAGAUGUAGCCUGUUACACCUACCUAGAAAUAAAAGACAAAUGUAUUUCAUGAAUUUAGCACUCUUGCCUUUGUAUGAAGCCA